GGGAGCGGGCGGCAGUUGGCGCCCAGGCGGACAUGGAGGAGGUCGAGGUCCCGGCGGCGGAGCUGCUGCAGAAUGGAGCGGGAGCGGGAGCUGGAGCUGUAUCUGGAGCGGGAGCGGUAUCCCAAUCCCGCGGCGACAACGACCCCCCCAGCCCCAAGAGGUCGAGGUCGAGGUCGAGGUCGAGGACGGGAGAGGCGAGCGGCCCCGGCAACCUGGUGACGGUGGUGCUGGGCGCCCAGUGGGGGGACGAGGGCAAAGGCAAGGUGGUGGACGUGUUGGCGCAGGACGCCGGGCUGGUUUGUCGCUGCCAGGGUGGAAACAACGCUGGGCACACGGUCGUGGUGGAUUCGGUGGAGUACAACUUCCACCUCUUACCCAGCGGGGUCAUCAACAAGAACGCCACAUCCUUCAUUGGCAAUGGCGUGGUCAUCCACCUACCUGGGCUGUUCGAGGAAGCUGAGAAAAACCUGCGCAGGGGGAAAGGUCUAGAAGGCUGGGAGUCGAGGACCGUGAUCUCAGACAGAGCGCACAUAGUGUUCGACUUCCACCAGGCGGUCGAUGUAGCGCAGGAGCAGCAGCGGCAGGAGCAAGCCGGCAAAAUCCUGGGAACGACCAAGAAAGGGAUCGGCCCGGUGUACGCGUCGAAAGCCUCCCGGACCGGCCUGCGCAUCUGCGACCUGCUCUCGGACUUUGAGGAGUUCACGAAGCGCUUCACAGUCCUCGCCAACCACUACAAAGCCAUGUACCCCAAGCUGACCAUCGACAUCGAGGGGGAGCUGGAGAUGUUGAAGGUCUACGCCGAGCGAGUGCGGCCUCUGGUCAAGGAUGGCGUCUACUUCAUGUACAAGGCUCUGCACGGGCCGCCCAAGAAGAUCCUGGUGGAGGGUGCAAACGCCACGCUGCUCGACAUUGAUUUCGGGACCUACCCCUUCGUGACCUCUUCCAACUGCACAGUGGGCGGGGUGUGCACGGGGCUGGGAAUCCCCCCUCACUACGUGGGCAAGGUGUACGGGGUGGUGAAGGCCUACACCACCCGGGUCGGAGUCGGCGCCUUCCCCACCGAGCAGAAAAACGAGUUGGGCGAGUUGCUGCAGUCACGAGGCCGGGAGGUCGGGGUGACCACGGGCCGCAGGAGGCGGUGCGGCUGGCUGGACCUGGUGCUGGUCAAAUACGCCCACAUGAUCAACGGCUUCUCAGCGCUGGCCCUGACCAAAUUGGAUAUCCUGGACACGUUUCAAGAAAUAAAGAUUGGAGUGGGUUACAAGCUUGAAGGGAAGACCAUCCCCUACUUUCCAGCUAACCAAGAGGUGCUGAACAAGGUGCAGGUGGACUAUGUCACUCUGCCGGGCUGGAUGAAGAGCACAGAGAACGCGCGCUCCUUCAGCGAGCUGCCGGACAACGCCAAGAAAUACGUGGACUUCAUCGUGGAGCAUGUCGACGUGCCGAUUAAAUGGAUCGGCAUCGGAAAGUCACGGGAGUGCAUGAUCAAGCUGUUCUGAAGACAUGUGAAUGCCAAAAUUAAUAGGCCCCCACCCCUUCCCUCCACCUCCCCCCCCCCCCUCACCGCCCCAAUCCUACUUCAGACCGCAAACCCCCUACGAUGAAGAACCAGCCAACGCCAAACAAAACGCCAGACAAGUCUGACCAGCGACCUGGACCUAUCACCAGCCAGAUCCUCCGUAAACUGCCCAUCGACCACGCUGAAGCACAGAGCUGUUCAUCGAGGAUCAAACCAGCCGAGAGAGAGAGAGAGAGACGCACACACACACACACACAC